GAAUUCCAUCAUCAUCCCGUCUGGAAUCUCUCUUUUCUUUUCUCUCUUCUUUCACAUCCCAACACAAACCCCCCCAUUUGGUCGAUCGACUCGUUUGGCUCUGCCUACUCUCGGUCCGAUCAUGUCUUCCGCACCUUCAGCUGCUGCCCCCAUUAAGGGCAUGCGGAAAAAUGGAAAAAACUGGCAUGAUACCAAGAAGCCGUUCCGCCCUACUUCGGGCAUGACCUCCUACGCUAAGCGACUGGAAGCACGCAAGCACCAUGAAGCCGUGAAGGAACACGAGAAAGAGUUGAAGGAAGAAAAGGAGGCAGAGAGACAGGCGCAUAUCCAAAGAAUUAAGGAUCGUCGAGCCGCUAAGGAGGAGAAGGAACGUUAUGAGAAGAUGGCCGAGAAAAUGCACCGCAAGCGAGUCGAGCGCCUGAAGCGCCGCGAAAAGCGCAACAAGUUGCUGAACUCUUGAUUGCCGUCGGCUCUGGUCCUUCUUCCCUUCAUUAUUCUCCCAGCUUCUUUUCUUUUUCUACUUCUUUUUAUUUCGCCUUUGCUGUUGAUCACUAACCCGUCUACAUCUCGUUCGAGUGGUGGCUGAUGUACCCCCACGCCGUAAACUUUCUGUAUCAUUCACCUUCACACCAUGUUUCCUUUCUUGCCGGGUUUGGGAAUUACGGCCGAUUGAUGGCUACUGUUUCAUGACAAGUGGAGUUCGCUGGCGACCGUGGAGUUAGAAAUCAACCUUUCAGAAUAGUAUAUACUACAAUGGAU